AUGUCGAGCUCGCCGCCGGAACGACGCGGAGGCGGGGGCGAGGGGGAGAGGGGAGAGGAAGCCGCCGCCCCCGUAGCACGCGCGGCCGCUGGCCUCGGGCGCCGCCGUUCGGGGGAUCCUUCCUCGUCGCGGCAGAGGUCCGCCGACGAGGUCUGGCCGGAACACUUCGUGGAGGCUGUCGCCGCCCAGGUCGCCGUCGACGCCACUCGCUCCGCCGGGCGCCUGGCCGCCGCGCCUGCCGUCGUCGCCGUGUUCCAGGACAUUACUCAGUUUCCAUGUUUGAGUUGUGGUGGCAUUGAUGGGGACUUGCAGGUGUGCUCGACGUGGAGAGACGUUUCCCGUUCGGAGCUCCUGUGGCAGGAUCUCUGCCGCCGCGUUUGGUCUCGUCGGCGUUCCUCGCUCCCGUCCUGGCGCGACGAGUUCGUUCGCCUCCACCGCACUGCCGCCAACUUCCGGUUCCGCCGCUGUGCCUACUCCCAGCUGCUGCCUGCCUCCUCCGACGCACUCUCCUGCCGCCGUCUCGCCCUCUCGGACCACCACCUUGCUGCCGGCUUCCACGAUGGCUCCGUCCUUCUGUUCGAUCUCCCUGCCGGACAGCUGCUCGCCACCUACAGGGCCGACCCUCACCGCGACCGCCUCGGCCGCUUCUCCCAGGCUAUCUCCGGCAUCAUACUCCUCGCUGAGCCCGACGAGAGCCUGACCUUCUCUUCCCAGGACGGAGACAUCCACGUGGCCAGCCUUGACGUCUCUGGCUCCGUCCGGCGUGCCCACGUCGGGAACCUUAUGGAGGACGGAACGCUGGUGGACUUCACCGGCGACGCUCGGUGGUGGGUGGGCUUGUUCGCAGGUGUUCCCGGGCGGUCGUGGCACAUCUGGGGCGCCGACACCGAGCAGCUGGUGUAUGUGGGUGGUACCUUGACGGACUCCAACGCUAUCCUGGGUUGGCACAUGCUCACCGACUUGUCUCGCCCGGUGCUCGCCCGCACGAGGAUUGCGGAGCCAGGAAUCGUGGUUGGGUGCACCGCUUCGAGCAUGGAGGUGGUGGACUUGAACGACAGCGGCACAAUCCUAAACCAGCUCGAACUCCCGCACGGCGCGGUCGUGGACUCGGUUGACGCGUGCGAGGGCCGGGUGAUGGCCGCGGACUCGCGAGGUCUGGCGAAGGUGCGGGAGGUGCCGACGCUGCAGGAGCUUUGCAGGUUCGGCACCGGGAGGCGGGUGGAGGGACAGCAGCAGCAGGGAACGGUGCGUGUCAAAGCGUGCAUGAACUGGUGUUACGCGAUCGUGUGUUCCGGUCGCGGAGUUCGGGUAUGGGAUGCGACGACCGGCGCGUACUUGUACAGCUUCAGGGAGCGGAUAGGCGAGGCCGCCGUCGCUGCUGCCAGUGACCGGUACAUCUCUGCCUGGGCCGACGAUAGUGGUUUGCACCUGUGGGAUUUUGGAGACUUGUAG